GUGGCGGGUACCUUCUCCUUAGAGAAUCAGAAUCCCCCACCUCCUGUAAUUCCGAUUAAAAGAUUUUAUGUUCCCAAUACAAAACUAACAUGAAGACUCCAUUCUGCUCUAAACAGGCUGUCGUUUUACUCUUUCUCUUCAUUUCGCUCUUUGCUUAUACUCUACAACUAAAUCAGGAUUUUGAAGAACGUGCAGCUGCUAGAACUUUGAAGCAAGUGGAGGAGGAUGUUCAUGAAAUACAUUGUUCAAGAGAAAGGAGUAGGGCAGCAUGGAAAAUUAUUGAGGAGUAUUUGAUGCCCUUUGUGGAGAAAGAACGCUAUCAGAUUUCGACUAGGUGUAGGCUUCACCCUGAUAAUGAUUUGUUUAGAGAUCAGGAACAGCAUAAAUUCCAUGUGGAUAUAAAUGAAUGGAAAUGUGGAUUCUGUAAGAAAAGGUUUUAUGAAGAGAAAUAUAUUGAUCAGCAUUUUGACAACAGGCACUAUAAUUUGCUGAAUGUGAGUCAAAGCAAGUGCUUGGCUGAUGUAUGUGGCGCAUUGCAUUGUGAUCUAAUAAUGGAUUCCGCACCACGGAAGACUAAGUGCAAUCCUGCAGCUGCUGCUAGGAAUCAACAUCAGUGUGAGAGUCUGGCCAAUAGUUGUUUUCCUGUCAAUGAGGGUCCUUCAGCAAGCCGUCUUCAUGAGUUCUUUUUGCGCCAAUUUUGUGAUGCCCACACAUGCACUGGGAAUCUGAAACCCUUCUCAAAAGGGCGCAGGAAGCAGACAAGUAUAACCUAUGUCACUCUUUCCAUUUUGGCUUUGAUGGUGCUGCCACUUUUCUACAUUUUUGUUUACUUGUACCAAAGGGGAAUAAGAAGGGGCACCCAAGCGCUGAAACGCAUCUCAGAAAGUAAACAGAAGAAGAAGUCUUUUUAGUUUGGAGAAGAGCAAGACAGUCAACUAAAAGAAUUAACGAUUGACUUGACAAAGAUUCAUUUUGAGUACCGACUCAUGUACUGCAUUUGGCACUGAAAUAUAUGCCACUCAAGAUUUUUUUGAAUAGGCAAGUUUACUAGGUUGCAGACGAACCUCCUCACUGUUAUUGCAAGAAUCACUGGCCUCAUGGCUACGAUGGUUUGGAAGAUGAACUGAUUCACUUAUUGUGAAUAGGAAUGUGUUGUACAUCAAAUUUAUGUUAAUGAAGUACACAGCCUGAAAGUUGAACAGUAUUGUUUUACAAGCAUACUUCUAUUGUACAUUAAUGUCUGUAACUUUACUGGUGGUGCUGGCUUUUGGAAUGGUUAUACUUAUAUACAACACUUCAUUUUUUCA